UUAUUCUAUUUUGCUAUCACAGCUGUGACUUAUCGCCGCUACAAUUUUUUGUUGUACAACGUCCAAGUCGUCGUCGUCGUCAUAGCAAACACGCACGUAGUAAAUUGUAUAGCUUGUAAAUAUGCACCUGUGCCUUCGAAACCUCACUGUUAAUUAUUAGAGAAGGAUGGACGCGUGUACUUUUCGUUUACCUACGUGGGACAUAUGAGUUUACUGUGUAUAACAAAACCAAUUCUAUAACUAAUUUGGGAGCAAUGUAAAUAAAAUGAAAAAUUUGAAUAAGAAAUCUUGUUGCAAUGAUUUGUUAUUUGCUGUGCUACAGAUACGAGCAAAAGUAUUACAAAUGGCAGAAAAUCAGAAACACUCUCCCAUGCAGCUCUUCAAACAUACAUACAUAUUUCAUCAAUCGCUUGCCGACUUCGGUGCAUAUUUUGGUUAGUACGCUCGCAUAGUCAGUGCUCAGACAACCGGCUGCUACCAACAUACAUUGUGUUGUUACUCUGCAAGUAUUGUAUUUUGGGCUUUUGUUCACCUGACAAUGUUCGGUUCGGUUAUGACUAAAAAUAAGCUCAACGGCUGUUUAUGAAAAAAUAUUGUAAAACAAGAAAAAAUAAAUAUGUGAAUAACAAGUUAACUUUUACACAACCAAUACAAAUUACUACAUUUUUUACACAACUGUUUUUGUUCGUUUAUAAAUGUCGAAUGAUGAACAUAUUGACGUUUGUGAUUAAAAUGUUUUUAUUUAUUUUUUUAAUGCAACUCGAAAGUAAAUAAAUAAAUAAUAAAGUUUAAGUGCGUCCACAAAGCUUUGUCGGUCAAUAUAAAGGCAUACUUGCAUACGAGUAUAUGCGUACAUACAUACAUACAUAUGAGGAGAAUUGAAAAGAAAUUUAUCUAAAAAACCAGACAAAAGCCAAAUUACAAGCAGCCGUACCAACUAAUUAUAUAACUAAAAUUGUGUUAAAAUAAACAAUCCAAGUGCCAGAAUGAAUAGGAUAUAUCAAUUCUUUCGUCACAAUCACGUCCUGGCCAUAUGCGAGGAUGCGAUUGAUAACAAAUCGUUCACAUUGAAUUUGUCACGCUUCGAGAUGCCUGACGUACCUGAUUUGGUGGAAAAAUGUCCUAUACUGCUGAAGCUCUUCCUUAAUCACAACCAUUUGACCAAGCUGCCACCUAUUAUUGCCAGUUUGUCACGCCUUCAGGUGCUUACUUUAGACUACAAUCGUCUCGAUGAUUUCCCCAUGGUUAUUUGCCAAUUGACAAACCUGCGUAUACUUAAUCUUAGCUGUAAUCAAAUAUCUAAGCUGCCACCGGAAUUCGGCCAUCUAACGCAAUUAGAAACAUUUUGGUGUAAUAAUACAGGCUUGUUAGAAAUUCCCGAAGAAAUUGGAAAUUGCCAUCGGCUGGAAACAAUGGGGGCACGUGGUAAUAAAUUAAAAAACUUACCUAGCAGUUUGGGAUUGCUGAAGAAUUUGCGUUGGCUAACGCUUGAGUCGAAUGAAUUGACUGAUGUACCCGCUACUAUGGAAGCGCUCGUUAAACUGGUACAUUUAAAUCUUAAGAAUAAUGAUCUAAAUGAAGUACCCGCCUGUCUGCGACAUAUGCGUAAGCUGCAAUACGUAUUUCUGAAUAAUAAUCACAUACAGACAAUUCCCGCGGAGGAAGAUCUCUUUGGAACACGAUUUGUGCGUAUACUCAAUCUUAGUGAGAAUCCAUUAUGUGAUGAGGAAGCGGCACGUCAACAAUUGAGGGAACAUUUGCAUAUACGGUGCUCAGAGCGGUUAGACACGGAGGGCAGACAGCGUUUAUCUACACGCAGCAGUGAGCAAAGUGAAGACGACGAGGAGGAGGAGGGUGACGUUUACUCCGAUUGGGAGAAUAGUAUUGCAACUAGUGACUUAGAUACAACGGAUGAGAGUGGUCCAGAAAAUGACUUAGAGGAUAUUUCCAUGCUUAUACCCGAGCUCUCACGAUACAUAACAAAUUUUACAUGAGUGAACAAAUUACAGACUUAUGUAUGGAGGCAAUACUAUGUCCUCAUAUAUGUGCAAACAAACUUAUAUCUAAAAUGCAUAUCUAUAAAAAAUUGUUCACUUAUUUGCUGGUAUUGAAUUUAUGUGAUAAAAUCCAAAUUUUUACAAAUGUACAAACAAAAAAGCAAAGAAAAUUUAUUUAAACAAAAAA